AGGACAAGACAAGCAUCUGCAGACACAUUAUUUUUUCCUCCUGCCCAAGAAAAGAUGCCAUACAUGAUAUGUGCAUCCUGCCCUAUAAGAUUCUCUUAUCGCUCAUGAUUGACAUAAUUUCCCUAGCUUCUGAUAGACACACCCCUAUUCCCAAGAAUUUUGCGUUUGAGAGUCAUGAUUAAGGAAGUGAAAACCCAAGUCAAUGUUGAGGUUGGAGUGGAUGUCUUAUGGAAAGCUUUAGCUAAGGAUUUGAAGGAAAUUCUUCCAAAAAUGAUGCCAAAUUUAGUGAAGGAUGCUGAUAUGCUAGAAGGAGAUGGUGGCCUUGGUACAAUCUAUCUCUUCAACUUUGGUCCUGGUAUAAAAACAGUAACAUACCAGAAAGAAAGGGUUUCAGAGUUUGAUGAGUCUGUUCAUCGAAUCGGCCUGGAAGUAAUAGAAGGAGGCCAUCUGGAUCAUGGGUUUUCUCAUCACAAGGCAACUUUCCAGCUUACUUCAACCGGAGAGCAGGAGAGUCUAAUUAAUGUCAAGAUCUCGUAUGAGUCUGCAACAGAAGAAGAUAUCAUGCCACCAAAUACACCAUCGUCAACAUUACUUUUCAUCAAGAACCUGGAAAAUUAUUUGGUGCAUGGUGCACCUUAGAUCAUUUUUAUUACCCGGGUUUCUUCUCUUUUGAGUCCUUCCCUGUUACUGUAAUGAAGGGCAGAGAAUUUCAUUUUGAUGCAUUGAUCUUCAGUAAUUUUUGAAGUAAUAAAGUUUCCAUCUCAUUGAAUUAA